AUGGAGGGUGCCAAGUCGUCUCCGUCUUACCCCGCGAAGCUCGAGGCACCGACCAUUGUCCAUCCCCCACGAGCCCAUCAAGACCACAACCACGUUGCCACUGGCCGUCAACCGCCUCUGCAGCCGUCGUGUUCCCUCUCCGCCAUGUUCUUGUGCCCGUCCCAAUCCCUCGCUGACGUCUCAAGCGCUUCGGAGCAGACAACCGAAGCCAACAGGACGAAGCCUUCAAGUCCAGUCUUAGCUGCACCGAUUAUCCCGGCUGUACUGCAAGGGGAGACUGGUCGGUUGACUUGUUCGACCUUAGGUGUUCCAGGCUCCAGGCUCUCGGACUUGACCCAGAGGAUGAAGCCCAAGCUUGCCGUGUCGGAGAGCGGCCACUUUGAAGACCAGUUCUACCACGCUCAUGAUGGUAGCAAAGCUAUGGCGAGACUCCGGCAACGGGCCUUCCAGAACAAGACUGUGCACACAAGUGGCGACGACGUGGAGCAGUUUUCUGACGCCGAUAUCAUCACCAGUGGGUACCUGGUCAAGCAAGGCUCGUUCUGGAAGUCGUGGCGACGACGGUUCUUCAUCUUGAGACGGGACUGUCCUGUGCUGAGCUAUUACACGUCGGCUGAAGAACUGGCCAAGCUCGGGGAAAUUACAAUUGAUGAGCACACGACGGUGCAGAUGACGCCACGAGAUGGUGAACCGCAUCGGUUUACGAUUGAGAAUGACAAGCGCAGGUUGACGCUGAUUGCCGAGCAAGGGAAGGCGGACAUGGAUGCUUGGAUCUCGUGCAUCCAAGGCUGUAUUACACAGCGCGCACGGUCGACAACGCGGAUUCUCUCAGCCAAUGGAUCGAUCCUUCGACGAGGAGAGGUAGGAUCAGUGUCCGCACAGCUGCAAGGUCGAGGAUCGGAGAGCGCGUCCAUGCUGGAGGAAUUGAAUGCGGAUCGCACGAGCUUUUCGCGCAUGGAGAGUCCGCUGGUUGCGAGCAGCAUGAGCGUUAUGAAGCGGUUUUCGACGGACUCGACUAUCAUUCAGCAAGCCGCAGACGACUCGAGAUCAGUCCGGGACAACAAGGAAAAACAACAGCUACAGCAGUCCCGUCAGCAUGCAAACUCUCGUCUGAUCAGUACGGCAUCCGUGCCUAUUGAUACACCUAAGGCGAAGCCAAGUCUGCUGCGUUCGUCCAGCGCCGGAUCUAUCCUCACUCAGCCGUUGUCGUGUUCUGCUGCAACUCGUGCAUACGACGACAAUGGGCUGUCAAUGCUGCGUUCGACAAAUGAUGUACAGAGGGCACAGACCUCGUCAACCUCCCCACGUGCACCAAAUUUGAGCUUGCCAGGAUUUAAGCCACCCCCCAGCGUGGAGCUAGCUGUGUCUGUCGGCAGCAAAGUCACGCAAGACAUUCCGCACAUGUCGGUGGUUUUGUUCAGUUGUUGCCAGGGGCAACGGCCAGAAGAGAUUUCCCGCACGGAGGUGCGAAGCUCACUUUCGUUUCGAUCCUGCGGUGGUGAUUUUUACGCUCGCGAUUUCAAUGCUUUACUUUCAGUGCCGCGCGUGGCACGGUCAAUGCUGCAGUUUGAGAUCUUUUCAGUGGUCAAUGCUGCAUCCGAGUCGCUGGAGAAUCAAAAGUCGUUAGGGUUUGUGCGCGUGUCGGCGCUAGACAUUCUCUUUUCACGAGAAUCGUCGAUACUUCUCCAGUGCCACCGAACAGAUUCGUCCAAGCAGCUUUUCUAUCUCGCCCUGGAUCGGUUUGUUCCACCUGGCCACAGCAUCAAUGUGUCCCAUGCAUACACUUAUGCAAAGCACCAUUUUCUCGUGGAUACACAAGCAAUGGAGAAGCGACCAUCAGGUGAUAUUCUCGCUAGCUCGACGUUGAGUCUAAAAGGUUGUAUGAGCUACAACGAAAUUCUUCGUGGUCAGCUGAAGCCACCGACAGCGAGUCAUGUGCUUGUGACGGAAGAAUUAUCAGCAUCGUAUGUUUCAGUGUCAAUGACGGUCGCUUUCCUCAAGCAUCUGCAGCAGCGAAAUGUUGCUCGUAUCAACGAGACACGACAAGUGAUCCGCGAUAUGAGGCAGUAUAUUCAGGCGACCACUAGCCAAAGUUUAUCGAGCACGCGUACGCAAAAUGUAGAAGAUCGAAUGCGAGACGUGGAAGUUGGAAUGGCCCAUUAUAUGCGUCUCCAUGCCUCCUACCAAGAAAGUUUGAAGCGGUACGUGACCAUGUCGACCUCGCUCGAGGACGGCCGUGAACAGGGGAUCACCGGGUGUCUGAAGCGAAGCAGCAUGAAAAAAUAUAAAGCAACAGCAUUCAUGGCCACGAAUCUCAACUGUCACCUCGUGCGUGGAAGGCGUGUGCAUCUCGCCGGCGAAGGUGAUCGAUGCGAUCAAGGAUGGCGAAGUGGCUCGGCAUCCACUUUGGUGGAUGAUGCAUCUGUAUCUGACGACAGCGACAGUGAGAAGUCGCUUGCGUCCGAGUACGUCUACUCGGUGGUAACUCAUGGCUGUGCUUCAGCCCAUGUUAUGGGCUUCAAGGAGGGUGGCUUGCGUCGUCUAAAACAGCAACUGGCGUCACAGAGCUCGCCAGACCCUCGUUUACGCGAGCGUAUUGAAAUGAGAGAAGACGUUGUGCGCUCACAGGUGCUUGCAAUUGCUGGUGCGUCAUUUUUGAAUGCUGUGGGUCUGGCGGCAACCCGUGGAGGAGAGCACCGCCAACGCUUGCAGCUAGUGUGUUCGACGGGCUUUUUGCUCAGCAUUGAGUCUUUGCUGAGCACUGUAGGUGCCGAAAAAGGAAUGCUGGAAGACAUGGCCGAUGGUGUGCGGUGGCUCAAUAGUGUGGUGAGUUUCCAGCUUGUACAGUCUGCCGAAACAAACCCUCGCGUGGAAAUGUCAAAGUGCGUCAGUGUGACGAGCACGCGCACUGGAGACCAUCUUGUGGCUGCGUUUGCUGUGCCCCCUAUCGUGUUUGCAAAGCUUCCUGAGGUGCUCCAGCAAGGCCAUGCCAUUAAGCUCCAUGGAGUGAUGUUUACCCAAGGAAUCAACGAGAUGCAGUCAGUGGCUAAUCACUAUCUAAACUCGAGUCUGCAGGAUGAGCUUAACUUUGAGAGUGUGCAGAUGCUGCAGCGGUAUUUCAGAGUAUACCAGACACAAGUUAUGCUCAGCGGGGGCGGUGCGAAGAAGCACGAAGCCGAUCUGAUUGAGCUGCGUGAGCUUCAGUCUGAUAUUGAAGCGCUCACUGGUCGUCUCAACGUCCGUGCAGAGAAUGUGCAAAAAAAGCUCGUGAACAUUCUCAUCACGUCCAGCGAUAUUUGCCGUCGUCUCGGCGCCGGACGCACGACGUGUUGCAAGAGUGGAAAAGACCGUACGGCCAUGUCAGUGACACUGGAGACAUCUCGUUUGCUGGUGGACCACUUUCACGUGAAACAAGGUGUCCAUCUCUGUAAUGCCAUGAGGGAACGCGGUGUUCGCCGCGUGAACGUCCUGGCGAAUACAGGCAAGACCAAUUUUGCAUUCAACUCGUUCCAGCUCAAGUACAUUCCUGACUGCUACAAGCCACCGCUUGCCUGUACUGACUCGCGUGUGGCCUCUUAG